ACUGGUCAUGGGCUGAUGUGUAUUUUGUUGCAUUCAUUUUUCUACGAAUUGUAGAUAUUAAUCGUUUUGCAUAUUUUUAAAUGAAACCCCACGUUAAACAAUUGGAUAGUGUUUGCUAUCGUAUCAGUGUUGUUAAACAGUGGUCGAACCGAGCCACCUUAUAGUGGCGGGUGACAUAAUUUUCGUAUUGCGUAUCAUGUAGUUAUUGUGGUUUAUUUUGUGGCUUGCAGCAUCUAUUUUCGACUCGAGAAUCGUCCCUAAGGAGCCCAAAUGACGUGAUCCAAAAUGAGCUGGCUGCGGACCCCGGUGUUCACGCGGCAACUCUCGCGCAGCCUCGACCCGCGGCACGACUACGAGCCGCAGGCAUGCUACAGUUCCUUCUGCAAGCACUGGCAGCAGGCACACGAGAUCAUACUCAAAUCACAGCCACGCCAACUUCAUGAUGACGUGCUGGCCGUCGCCAAUCACCUAGAACAGCUGUCGACCCUGCUGGAAUUAGAAGCGCGGGCCCGAGAGACCAACACCGUGGCCACGUCCGGAGCGUGCCUCGAACACUUGCUGUCGGAGAACCUUCUCGACAAGCUGUACGAAUGGGGCAAUUCUACUGGCAUGUACAAGAACGCCGUGCGUUCAGAGCAACUGAAGCUGUUUGGAAAUCUCAUCAUUCAUUACAGCUCACAGGUGUUAGCAGCAGAGCCAUUCCUUAGGCCACUUUUGAAACUGUUCAGCGGGUUGAGGAACGAAUUAAUCCCACUUGAUCAGGAAACUCAAUUGGUGAUGGUAUUGAACCACCUAUGCGUCGCCCUGAUGCAAAACAUCGAAUUUGUCGACCUGUUCUUCUUGACGAACCACACGCAAACCGAAGCCAAGCCCGAGUUCAUAAUAGCCCGCCUCCUCCUAAAGUUCGUCCACCGCGAGGGCCCCAAGGGCUCAGCGGCGCGCGACGCCCUACUGCUGUGCGCGAACAUGUCUGCGCGGUGCCCGCAACUGGCGAGGUGUAUGCUGGAAGGAGAUACUUGCCCUGUGCUGGCCACGGGUCUAAGCGGGCUUUACUCGCUCCUCCCGCGGACGUUGGGCGACAACGUGUACCGACUAACGGCCGACGACGUGAACCAGGGCCACAAGCUGACGCUGUUCACCGACUCGGUGGAGUUCUGCAACGCUGUAGCACAGGUUGCGCAUCCGUCCAUCAAGAAACAACUGCUAGACCUGCUGUACCAAGGGUUCCUCGUGCCCGUCAUGGGGCCCGCCUUACUCCAGACGAAACCCGGGCCGUUGCAGAGUGGCGCUCCCGAGCAAGCGGCGGCGAUGGCGUAUCUAGAGCUGGUGCUCAGAUGCUCAACGCAGCGGGGCUUGCUGCGGGCGGUUCUACAUUUUCUCUUCACUUAUGAAUACGAUGGCGUGAAGCUGAUUGACGUCAUGCUUAGGAGAUUGGACGGGAAUACUCAGCUCGCCCUAGUCUCCCUAUCCCUGAUGGAGACCCUCAUCGACCUGAACUGCGAAGAUGUGAUGAUCGAGCUAGUCUACAAGUACCUCCUGAAAGGGCACCACCUACUCACACACCGACCAACACCGCCCGACCCUGACUCAUACAGGGACGCCGCAAUGUCCUUCCUGAGUCUCAGCCCACAGUGCUGCUUCAGGCCUUUGAGUAGGACAAGGGCGUGGGUGGAUGAACUGGCCAUGAGCGGCCGGAGAGUGUUGGAUUUGAGGAGAGAUGAGGAGAGGGUUAAUGGGGUGCAGGAUGGCAUCGCUAUGAACAGUUUGGUGCAGGAGAUCAAGUUUAAUUAUGGGAACCCAAACGACACCCUAUUUGGCAACUACCACGCGUACCUAUGCGACGCUCGAUUCGAAAUCGUCUCUCGCGCGCUCGCCUGCGCCCACUGGAGCUCCAAAUACGACACUAUUAUCCUACCCAAGCCCGAACCCAACAACAACACGAAAGAGACGAGAGACGAGCCCAUACCCACCAAAGAGCAGGACAGUCUUAUUUCUAACUGCACCAGCGGCUACGAUACUUUAAAAACUAGCGACACCUCAGAAAAAGAACCACACAGUUUAACAUCGCUAAACGAAGCGGAUGAACAAGAACAGCAAGAUGUAAACGGCGAUGGGAAAGACAGAGACAGCCUUAUAUCGACGGGUAGUGAUAGUGAUAAGAAUGAGGAGUUUGUUGAAGACUCGUUUAGGAUGUGCUUCUUGAAGGUGGACAGGGAUUAUGAGGAAGUUCCUGUGAUAAAGAAUUGGGUGGCUGGCGGGAGAGUCAGUCCGGCGUCGCUUAUCGGCCCUCUGCUAAGCAGCCUCCUGAAGAAAGCGGCGGCCCUCCUAGAAUCAGACGUCCUCAGCAACUGCCUAGUGACGGGGCUGCUUGGGAAACUGUGCGCGGCGCCCUGCGCGCUCCUGCCCGGCCUGCUGCUGCCGCAGCCGCACACGCAGCCCAACGUGCCCUCCCUGUACCAGAUACUAAGCAAGCUGCGGGACGAGCUGGACGAGUUGACCAGCGGGCUGGACAACACCGCGGAACUGGUGGACAAGGCGCGAGUGUUCCUCGUGCAGAGAGAACUGCUGCUGGUCAGGAGGACCAACAACGAAGGGUCUAAUAAUAGCAGCAGUCCUCGAGCCGAUGAGCCGCUACAUCGCGGCGAGACCAAACGGCGGAGUUUGAGCACUAGUCUGUCCAACAUGUUCGGACGAAGGUUAUCAGCAUCCCCAUCGCAGCCGCACAGCAUCCCUCACUCAACCAACUCGCCCGCCAAGCGGCCCGUCUUCACCCAAGAGGCCUACUGGAACCAGUCCAUAGCCCUCCGUUCCAUCCUCAAUGCCGUCCUACUAGACGAAUGGCUAAAAGAACUCGCCGCUCUCUGUGAGGAGCAUGCACUUAGACUCUCGGCCGUCAACUAUGAGGACGAUACUUAUAUACGAACGGUGGGGUUAUGACUGUUAGCUAAACGUGGCGUCAAGGAUGUAGCUAUGCGAGACACGUCCGUAUGACAGAGAAUACAUUGAAAUAGCUUUACCUACCGCCCGGAUUCACCCAAGAGACCUACUGAAACCACGUCUCAAAGCCACCCUACUGGACGAGUGGCUGUAGAAACUUACCACCUUAUUCGUAAACGUCUACUGAAGUUAACAAGCCAAUAAUAAUCGUUUGUCCCUUUCCAUCAUACCAAUACGUCGGAAAGGGACAAACGAGUAAGGGGGUAAGACGAUACUUUUGAGGAUGGUAGGGUUAUGACCGUUGGCUAAAGGUGGGGUCAAAGCUAGGCUAUAGCUCCAAAUACCUCCAUAUGACAGAGGAACUAAAAUAAACUCAAUGCAUUGAAGCAAUUUUGGGUUAACGAGAGAUCACAUAUCAGCAUAGUUGAUUAUAACGCUACAUUUGCUGAUCGUGCCUUCUGUCAGUUAUAGUGAAUACUAUAAAAGGGAAAUCGAAAAACAAUCUUAUGUCGUGAGAAAUAAGGUUGAUUUUUUCGAAAGCGCUCUAAUACGUUAAAAAGGAAGGAAGGAAUUCAGUCUGAUAUUAGAGCUGCGUCAUCAUACGGAAAAAACAGCUCUUACCUUAAAUCUUUAGGGUUUAAUUGAAUUUAUAACCAUAAAUGUGUCUUGCAAUAUGACGGGAUUAUCGAAUUUAGCGCUGUGCUUGCUCAAAUGGGAAUUAUUAUUAAGGUUACAAUUAAAAUAAACUUACUCGUAAGGUGAGUUGGUAAGGGAGGUAUUCCACCUGUUUCUUGGUCCAAUGUGUAUUUGCGUCUCACAUUUUGCUUAAUGAGAGAGUGAGACGCACAUUGGACCAAGUAAUUGGACGGGUGGAUAACACCCUAAGGCACAUUAAUAUGUUAGUAAAGUUUGGGUUGUUGAUACAGUCUGAUUUUAUACAUAGUUAGACUUAUUUUCCAGUUAUAUUGCAAAACACGUGUAUGGUUUUUGCCUUUUCUUACACGGUACAUAAGAAUUAAGAUGAUUUUAGAUUGUAAUGUACAUACAAAUUAAAAUUGGAUCGAAAUCGCUUUAAAUUUUAUAUAUUUAAUUUCAUAACGAUCAAACUUUUUAAUUUUUAACAUUCAGUGAUAAUAUUUACUUGUUUUUUAUUCUAUAAUUAUAGUUAUACGUAAUAAUCACACAUAAUUAUAAGUACCUACUUUUAUCGAGUAGUAAAUGCCAUGAAAGUAAUUUUGAACUGUGAUUUUGUGAUGUUCAAAACUGGUUUAUUUAUUGUACAUAUAUUCAGUAUUUCGUAAAUAUCUAUUAAAACAGUAGCCGCGUGUGUUUUAAUACUAAUAACAAUUAUUAAUUACCUAUAAGAUUUAUGGAUGUUUCUGUAAACUGUAAUUUUAUUAAUAUGUCCGUGCUUUUUAUUCUAUUGAAAUGUUUUUAAUUUUUCAGAUUUUGACUUUCCUAGUUUUGUAUAAUUAUUAUGUUUUAUUGUAUAACUUGCGAAUGAAUUGGUUAUUUUCGUGAAACGAACAUUAUUAUUGUGUUGUAUUUUGUUUCUUAUAUUUUUAUAGUUUGACAGUAUUUGUUGCGCAAUGGUAAAUGUAAAUCCAGGACUUAUUGGGACUCUAGUCCUUACUACGUCACGUCCUACUCCGUCCAACGGAUAUAAACAUCUUUAUAUAAGGUUAUGUAAGCGCAAAUUUUUCUUUAAAUAAGAAUAUAUAUUAUAUUUCUAACUUGUGUGAGUGUAGUAAGUCAUUUUAUUGAUUGUAAGAGUAAGUAGGUCAUGAACACAAACUAAAUUUGAUAAUAGCUUUGACACACAAAUUAUACCUGAUUUGAUGUUUUUUUUUAAUUGUUUAUUUCAUAGUACAACCAGCAUCACAGACACUAGAAUUUAAUCUACGUAAGUUCGCAUCAUAUUUCAUCACACUUACCUAUUUUAUAAGAAUUAGUAUUUUUUACAUAACUUUAGAAAUGUAAAGAAAGAUAAUUAGAUAACGUCACUCCUGAAUACUUCCCUACGUCAUCAUCGGCAGCUACUAUUUGGCCCUUGCCGAUGAUACUUAUUUUGCUUUAUAGUGAGACAUGUGACGCUGACUGUACCUGCGAAAUACACUUGCCAAUUGCUUAUCUGUAGCUAGCACAUGUAUAACAAAUUGUACUACCGUUACAAACUGAAUCCGUUUACCUGGGCAAUACAGAUGUCAAUAAAAUAAAUUGAAGUCUA